AUGACGGCUAUUAUCAAAAAGCUUCGGCGAAAGAGAAAGCUCUCGUCUGAGCUGCAUUCACGAUGGGGCGACAUGUCCAUCACGUAUCCGAAUGAGGGCUCCUGGAGCCAGUGCGAAGUGCCGCCUGGAGCCGUAUCCAACGCGGCGCGGGGACAGUCUCCUAUGCGCAGUUGGCCUCACGGCUCUGCCGAGUCUCUGGACCGAUAUAAUCAUUCACCCCCGAUCCACGGUGUUCUACGAUCCGCAAGCCCUGAGGAGCGUCACUCGUCGACCGACUCGGCUGCGACGAUUCCCACCGGUUAUUACGAUGCUCGAGUCCGAGGUCGCUCGAAGCGGAUUCCUCCGCCUCUGGGGUCGACCUCAGGACAGAGGCGUCAUUCUCACGACAGCCUGCGUGAUGAUGUCCUAUACCCAGGAGACGGCACCGGUUCCGCACCGGGUGGUUCGCGAGGAGAUCGACUCUCUGAUGAGAAACACCAUCGUCGAGCGAGAGACGACGCUGACCCGUACUCGCGGGCAUCGAGGUCGCCCCCGUUAUCGGUCACCUCUCGCAUGCGCCGUCACAGCGCCCAGAGCUCCACGACGGAGCCGACACCAUCCAUGCCCAAUACCGCCAGCAGCAAGCACACAAGCUUGACGUCGUCUCUGCCCUCUGUACCGAUGGAGGAUAUUCGACCGGCGCCCCUUGCUGUGUACCACGAGAAAAAGCAACCUCGUCGAUCCAAACCCCGAGAGGCUGACGCUGUUGUUAGGCAGGAGUUGGUGCCGUCCUACGAGGAUCUGUAUGGAUAG